UGGGUUUCACGCACGCGAUCUCUGGAUCUAAUAAUCAUGCCAGAGUUGGUCAACGCCGGCGACGAAGACCGGAAUCGGCGUAUCAUCUUGAAAAAAUACGAGGUGGGCAGGCUGCUGGGUUGCGGUGCCUUUGCCAAGGUGUACCACGGGCGCGACACGGUCAGCGGGCAGAGCGUGGCGGUCAAGUCCAUUAGCAAGCACCGCAUCAAGGGAGGGGUUGACCUCGCCGUUAAACGGGAGGUGUCUAUCAUGCGCCGGCUGCGCCACCCCCACAUCGUGCGCCUCCACGAGGUCCUCGCCACCCGGACCAAGGUCUACUUGGUCAUGGAUCUGGCCAAAGGCGGGGAGUUGUUCGCCAAGGUCGCCAGGGGACGGUUCAGCGAGGAUCUCAGCCGCAACUACUUCCGCCAGCUCAUCUCCGCCGUCGCCCACUGCCACUCGCGCGGCGUCUUCCACCGUGACCUCAAGCCCGAGAAUCUGCUGCUUGACGAGAAUUGGGAGCUCAAAAUCACCGAUUUCGGGCUAAGCGCGGUGGUGGGCCAGGCCCGGCCCGACAGCCUCCUCCACACCCUCUGCGGCACCCCCGCCUACGUGGCACCGGAGAUCCUCGCGAAGAAGGGCUACGACGGGGCCAAGGUCGACGUCUGGUCCUGCGGGGUCAUCCUCUUCGUCCUCAACGCCGGCUACCUCCCCUUCAACGACACCAAUCUCAUGGCCAUGUACCGAAAGAUCUACAAGGGGGAAUUCCGCUGCCCCAGGUGGACCUCGCCGGAUCUGAAGCGGUUGCUGACCCGAUUGCUCGAUCCGAACCCGGGAACCCGGAUCACGGUCCACGACAUCAUGAACGACCCCUGGUUCAGGAAGGGCGGGUACAGGGACACGAACCAGCCGGCCGUGGACCGAGAAUUCGAAUUCAAGCUGCAGGAAUCGAAUCUGAACGCAUUCCACCUCAUAUCCUACUCCGGCGGUGUAGAUCUGUCGGGUUUGUUCGGCGAUGAGGUGGAUUCCGAGAUAUUCGUGACGGCGGAGCCGGCGGAGAAAGUGGUGGAGAGGAUCGAGGAGGUGGCGGCGGAGGAGGAGGGCAUGAGGGUGACGAAGAGGGGGACGACAGGCGUGAGGUUGCAGGGACAGAAUUGGGAUUCGACGGUGAAGGUGGAGAUUAACCGGCUGACCGACGACCGGCUGCUGCUCGUGGAGGUUAAAAGGAGUGCAUCUGGACGGGAUCUGUGGACCCAUAAAUUCAAGCCAAGGCUCAAGGAUUUAGUCCUUGGUCAUAGUCCAUUCGGCUUUGGAGCUGUCCUGCACAAUCAUGAGGGGGUGUGGAUUGAGGGCAUUUCAGGGAACAUAGGUAUCGCAGACAAUACUCUAACCGAGGUGAUUGCAAUUCUCGAAGGGUUAUCUUUAGCAGUGACUCGGCGGUGUACAGCUCUUACCUGUUACUCAGACUCGCAAGAGGCUCUUCGGUUGGUUAACACAGACAUCUGUAACAAAUCAUGUUAUGGGGGGACUGAUCAUGAACAUCAGGGACAAGAUUAGUUCGAUUGAGAAUAUACGGUUUUUCUACCUCUGGAGAGAGGGAAAUUCCGUUGCAGAUCUCUUGGCAAGGAGAGGAGCCAAGGAGGAAGCUUUCUUCACUACUUGGGGCUUUUUCCCCCAGACGAUUUACUCACACUGUUGGCUAAGGACGUAUCUAUGUUUCCUUACACGCGCUUAUAGCCUAUUGUGUAGUUUUUUGUUGUAUUUUCUGUUGUGUUUUUUUUCUUUCUUUCAGUUAGCUUGUAUUGAC